AUGCGUUUCUCCCUCUCGCUGCUCGGCCCUGUCGCCCUGCUCGUAGCCUCAGUCCAUACAGCAGAGGCCCAGGAUGUGCCACCGGCAAACAGCUCCGAGGUGCAGCGGCACUUUCUCGCGCGCGAGGCCAUGAUCACGCUGGAAAAGCGACAGCGCCAGGAUCACAACUUCCGGCUGGGACUCUCCCCGGUAGCGCAGCAAGCCGACGCCAUCGUGCAGAUGAUCCGGCAGGAGGAGAUCGACGACUUCUGGCGCCACCCAGGGACGCCCGAGAACCCGGAGGAGGAGCGGUUCGCGGGCGAAGUGUUCCCCAAAGCGCGGCCGUACAUUGCGCAGACGCAGCUGUGGCGGAUCGUGAAGCGCAUGCCCAAGGGCGCGCUGCUGCACGCGCACCUGUCGGCGAUGCUGCCGUACGAGACGAUCCUGCGCACCAUCAUGAACACCGAGGGCAUGGUGAUCUCUGCGUCGCACGACGUCUCGACUCAGGAGCGCGCGGAGAACGCGACGAUUGUCUUCUCGCAUGUCAACACGACGCUGCCGCAGGACCAGCCCUCCAUUAGCUCCCCGGACUAUGUGCCCGACACAAAGAUCCCCGUGCAGGAGGCGGCCAUCUCCUUCCCCGGUGGCGCGGAGGGCUUCUUCCGGUUUGUCUUGUCGAAGAUGACCGUCUCGCCGGAGGAUUCGAUCCGCCACGAGCUGGGGGUCGAUGAGAUCUGGAGAAAGUUCCAGAGUUACUUUGAUCCGGCGGGGACUAUGCAGACGUAUGAGCCGGUUGUGCGCACGUUCUACCAGAAGCUGUUUGAGAGACUUGCGGAAGAUGGGAUCCGCUGGGUGGAAAUCCGCGCUGGCGGCUCCUCUGGGAAACUGGUGCACGAUGGCGACGAAGACCCGGAUCCGGAUCUCGAUGUCUGGUGGGAGGUGCUGGAGGAAGAGCUGGCGAAGUUUCAGGACAGCGAGAAGGGGUCGAAGUUCUGGGGCGCGAGGAUUAUCUGGUCUGAUUACCGUGGGAAGCAGGGAGCAGCUUUGACCAGCAGUAUGAGCAUUGCACUAGAGCGUAAAGAGAGGUUCCCCGAGCUAUUCAGUGGAUAUGAUGUGGUUGCGCAGGAGGACCUGGGACAUUCAUUGAUCGAGCUCGCCCCCGAGUUCAUUUGGUUCCAAGAGCAGACCGAGCAACGCAAUCUCACGGUGCCUUUCUUCUUCCAUGCCGGAGAGACCUUAGGCGAUGGCAAUGCCACAGACCUGAACCUCUUCGACGCGGUGCUGUUCAACACGCGGCGCAUCGGCCACGGGUUCUCCUUGUACAAACACCCGAAGCUGAUUGAUGUGGUGGUCGAGAAUGGCAUCAUGGUCGAAGUUUGUCCGAUCUCGAACGAGGUGCUUCGUCUUGCAACCGACAUCCUGCACCAUCCAUUGCCGGCCAUGAUUGCGAAUGGCGUCCCGACCGCCAUUAGCAACGAUGACCCAGCCAUCCUGGGUCAGGACGCCGCCGGGCUUAGCUAUGACUUCUACCAGACCAUCCAAGCUUUUGACAAUCUUGGACUGGCUGGAUUGGGAGCGCUGGCUCAGAAUAGUCUCCGCUGGUCUAAUUUUGAAGACCAGAAUGACGCCGACUGGCUGCGAGACAUCGAUCUUGCAGAGCAUGGGAAAGGAGUCAAAGGCGAGCGCAUUCGCGCCUGGAACGAAGAGUGGGAAGAGUUCUGCCAGUGGAUUGUAGACGAGUAUAGUCACCAAUAUGCGGUGGCGGAGAUGUGA